CGCCAGUCGCCGGCUGGGGGGAGCCGCCCGCCCGCUCGUCCCCGCGGGGCCCCUUUGUGCUGCUGCUGCUCCAGAGCUGCCUCAGCCAAGCGCCGGCUGCGUCACGGCCCCGGCUCUGCGGCCGCCCAGAGCCACCCGCGGAGGGAGAGCCGCCGCCUCGCCCCCCGCUCCGCCAUCGCUGCGCGGGCCGCGGCGAACGACGCCCCCCGAGGAAGGGCCGGGAGCCGCGGCGCAGAAAAUCCCUCUAUCCUGGAAGAAUGGUGAAACUGGGGAAUAAUUUCAGCGAGAAGAGCACAAAGCAGCCCCUUUUGGAGGAUGGAUUUGACACCAUCCCCCUGAUCACACCCCUGGAUGUCAAUCAACUCCAGUUCCCACCUCCUGAUAAGGUUGUGGUCAAAACAAAAACAGAAUAUGAACCUGAUCGCAAGAAGGGAAAGUUCCGUACUCCUAAAAUAGCUGAAUUCACAAUCAGCAUCACUGAAGGGGUUUCAGAAAGAUUUAAGGUAACUGUGCUGGUCCUUUUUGCCCUUGCGUUCUUAACGUGUGUUGUAUUUCUGGUAGUCUACAAGGUUUACAAGUAUGAUCACACCUGUCCGGAAGGAUUUGUUUUCAAGAAUAAUCAGUGCAUUCCAGCUGGGUUGGAAAACUACUACUCUGAACAAGACUCCAACGCUCGAGGGAAAUUUUACACAGUCAUAAACCACUACAACCUGGCCAAACAAACCAUCACGCGCUCCGUGUCCCCGUGGAUGACAGUACUGUCAGAAGAGAAACUGUCUGAACAGGAGACUGAAGCUGCUGAGAAAUCAGCUUAGUAUGAUAAGCGAAUUAUUAAAAAUAUGUAAUUUGAAGGUAACUAAGGGACUUCAAGGAACUUUUCAUUGAAUAUAAUUAUGAAUAAUUUAGAGGUUACUCAUGUUUAUGGUGCAAUUGCUUCUGUUUGCUGAUACUGCUUUGCAAAAAAAAAACAAAAAAAAAACCAAAACAAAAACUUGCUGCAGAACAUUCAUGGGCAUAACCCCAGGUGCAUAUCAGCAUUGCUGUAGAGCUUUGACACCAUUUUCAAUGUUAAAAGAAUCCAAUGCUAAGAUAUGUUCUUGCAGUUUAUUGGAUACUGAUAGAUUUCAUCACUGGAUUUUCAGGGCUUGGACCUUAGAUAAAUGAUGUGUUCUGUUGUCUGAACAGAUACUUAAUUUGUUAAGUUUUUUAAUUCUCUUUGUCAUUUUGCAAACUGAAACACCCCAGCCAUAACUAGAGUGAUCUCUUGUUUAGCUGAAAGCUGUAAGUAAUAUUUAGUUUGGGCUCAAGCAAGAACGGUAGUCAGCACUGAUGUCGGGGGCGUAAUGUAAUGACUUGUAUGGAGAAAGAAACUGUCAGGUCGCAUUUUUCCUUAUGUUUCCUUUACUGUUGUUUAUUUGUAAGUGAUAAUGAAGUUCUCUGCAACAAGGCAUGCUCAAUGUUUUCUUAUUGCUGUCAACAGGAUUUAACUGCAUUUCCACUGUGGCUUUAGCAUCUUGGUAAGGAUGUGCACUGAAACACAAACUAGAUAGACAUAUUGGAAAAACACCCGACAGUUUUAGUGGUGGGUGUCAAGGAUAGUGUAAAAACUAUACAGUUCAUGAGAAAUGACAUCUUUUGAUGAUCUUUUGAUCAUACAUUAAGAGUACAUGUAGUCUACUAUGUCAUUUGUUGGAUACAACUGAGGGAGUAAUAUGUCUAAAUUUUCUCCUGUAUUACAUUCACAUUUUCCCUUCUUAUUAAUUAGAAAGAGCUUUCUGUUUAUGUAUGGUUUGCAGUUUGAUACUUUUUAAAACACAGAGCAUCACAAGUGAAACAGUAGCGUAUUAGAUACCACAACUGGCUGUUUUGAAGCUACAUGUGAAACAGAGUGAGGAGUAGAACUGUUUGUGUAUGGCUUGGGAGGGGAAAAGACGUAGAAGAAUAUAGUAUUGUGGAUGCACGUUAAAGUUCCAUUGUAAUUACAAACUUACCUAUUCUUUGUGUGAAAUCAUGUUUUCAUUUUUAUUAUAAAUCUUAAAUAUACAUUACAAAAGGACAUUAUUAAUUUAACAUACAAAAUAAGUGUGUGAAGCAUCUAGGCAAGCAAGUCACCUUUUUGUUCAUGUUACUUGAAUGGGACAAGGGGUAGUGGACAUGUCAAAAGUUCCUUUUUAUUUUUUUUGGUAGAGUCUAUUAAAAAAUUGAAAGGGAAACAUCAGUAUAGGCUAUUUCUCAAGAUCAGUAGUAGAACAAACAUGGUCAGCUCUACUUCUGUUUCUUUCCAGCAAAAUUGCUUUAUCAAAGCCUUUCAUUCCAAUACAGUAAAAAUAACCAUUAUGACUCAAUGCUCAAGGCUUGAUAAUGAAAUGUGCAUCACAGUGCAGCUCUAAAAGGCUGUUAAUAUAUUAAGUCAUCGUGGUAUGUGGAAUGCAUCAAAAGCAAUAAAUUAUGUGCCAGUUUUUUUCUUUGCAUUUAAAAAUAUCAAGCUUAUGUUAAGAUCUUCAACACAUACCAUGUUUGCAAUUUUUAACAGGCAUCUGCUUUAUUGAAUGUAAUUAAUUCACAUGUAACUUUUGACAUUUUCACUCUGUGCAGAGUAAAGAAUAAGAGUGAUGCUGCUUGUUGCAUAUAAUGUAUAGAGAUAUACAUUUCAGAAGAGAUAUGAAACCACACACAUUUCAUCCCAGCGUAUUUACAGAGGACAUUCAGAUUUCACAGGAUGGAAAGAUCUGUUCCCCAAGACUGUCCUACGUAGAAAUGAUUCAUGAUACAUCUCUUCCCCUUAAAUUUAGGACAAUAAAAAUUUUAAUGCACAAGUAAAUACUGAUGAGAAACAACUUCUUUUUCUCCUCCUAACAACAAACAAUAAAAAUUAGUAAGCCAUACAGUCUAGGAGAAGCAGAUUGCUUAUGCUUCUUGAACUCAAAACCAUUUUUCCUCUGAUUUAAUAGGAGGGAGUUUAUUGAUUCUUAUCUACAGUUGGUUUUGAGGUAUUUUUUUUUUAGUUAACAAACUGCUCCCAGUUUUAGUACUUGGACUUUAAUACUGUCCAUCCUUCGGCUUUGUUCCAGCAUCCCAGAACGUCUGUUUCACUGCACAAUCUGUCUAUGUUGUAUUCUCUCUUUUCACCUAGAAGUAAAGCUCUUUAGUUGACUCCUUAUCAUUAUUGCUACUAAAAAAUCAAGCUGAUUUCUCAGUCAAGUAGUUUCAAAGGAUUAGAAGUAGAGGUCAUAGAUGUGCAAAGUGAUCACUGUGUACUGAAGUGGUAAAUAAAUGCCUGAGACAGUGUA